CGGAAGCCGGCCGUUGAGCCGUUGGUAGCUUGCCGCGGGCUGAUCGAUGUGGAGGCAGUUCAGCCUGCGACAGAAAAACAAGCGAGGUUAGGUCGAGCGGUCCGUGUUUUAAAGAAAAGAAAGAAAGAAAAGCGAAGUGGAAACCGACGGACAUGUGGAUUUAAACGUCAUCUCCGUCGCUUUUAGUCACUUGUUGUUCGGUUACCGGGGGGUCGGCGGCGGUUGGCGGCGGAGCUGCUCCCGUUCCAGAGUGUCGCCGUUUGCCCAUUCUCACUGGAGCGAACACUAAGGACACAGUUUCUGUCCUCCUCUGGAGUCGAGUGGAAGCGUCCAGUUUCCAACAGCCAGAGGCGAGAUACCACAUCGCAACUGUGGAGCACAGACAGACCUCUGUGCUCAGCAUAGGAGGACUCCAUGAAAGAUGACAGAGGAGGUGAUUGUUGUAGCCAAAUGGGACUACACGGCCCAGCAGGACCAGGAACUUGACAUCCGUAAAAACGAGCGUCUCUUCCUCCUGGACGACUCAAAGACCUGGUGGCGCGUCCGCAACGCCUCCAACCAAACGGGAUAUGUGCCGUCGAACUACGUGGAGCGCAAGAACAGCCUGAAGAAAGGCUCGCUGGUGAAGAACAUCAAAGACACGCUGGGUUUGGGGAAAACCAAGAGGAAGACGAGCGCCCGCGAUGCUUCUCCGACGCCAAGCUCAGACACAGAGUACCCCUCCAACGGCAGCGGGGGUGGCGGGAUGGGAGGAGGAGGAGCCGCUGAAAGAAUCUAUGACCUCAACAUUCCCGCUGUGGUCAAGUUUGCCUACACAGCAGAGAGAGAAGACGAGCUGACCCUGGUCAAGGGCUCCAGGGUCAUCGUGAUGGAGAAGUGCAGUGACGGAUGGUGGCGGGGCAGUCAGGCGGGCCGUGUCGGCUGGUUUCCUUCCAAUUACGUCCAGGAGGAGGUCGGAGGGGCCGACGACAGAGGAGAGGGAGAUUCCUCACGGGUCUACCACGGAGGCCCUCAAGGGACUUUGUUGGCCAACGGGCGCGCAGGAGGCCGCGUCGAAGUUCUCCACCUGGUCCAAACUCUCUACCCCUUCAGCUCUGUGACCGAGGAGGAGCUGAACUUUGAGAAGGGAGAGGUGAUGGAGGUGGUGGAGAAGCCCGAGAACGACCCGGAGUGGUGGAGGUGUAAGAACUCGCGCGGCAUGGUCGGCCUGGUACCUAAAAACUAUGUGAUGGUGCUGGACGAGCGGCCCGACCUGCCUGCGUCGAGCUCCCCGCAGAAUCGCUUCGUGGCACCAGCGCGCUCGGGGAAGUUCGCCGGGAGGGACUGGUACUACGGCAACAUCACCAGACACCAGGCCGAGUGUAUACUCAACGAGAGGGGAGAGGAGGGCGACUUCCUCGUACGAGACAGCGAGUCAUCACCCAGUGAUUUCUCUGUGUCUCUGAAGGCGGCCGGCAAGAAUAAGCACUUUAAAGUGCAGCAGUCCGACGGAGUGUACUGUAUCGGCCAGCGCAGGUUCAACUCCAUGGAUGAACUGGUGGAGCACUACAAGAAAGCCCCCAUCUUCACCAGCGAACAUGGAGAGAAGCUGUACCUGGUCAAAGCGCUGCUGUGAUUCACAACUCCUCACACCUACACUGGAUCUGACACACACACACACACCUACACCUACACACACUCUUCAUACACACUAAAUACUAAUGCCACUCCCUAACCGUCUUAACUCAAGCCUUAGCUCUCUGGACCCUCUCGCUGUGGCGUCUGCACUACAUCCAGAUCGUCAAUCGCCUCGUCUUAAGUUUUCAAACCUGUCGCCAUCUCGCGGUGAUCAGGUGAAACUCUUUCUAGCGCUACGACCAAGCAAUUUAACCCGAAGACGGCGAGCACUGUGUCAGGAAACACCCAGCCGCAUCCUCCACGUACAGCACGGUGCAUAAUGAGUCUCUCGUCUCUUGGAUGUGCUAACACUCGCAGUGACCCCAUCAACAAAAACAAACAAACGCCCGAGGCCUUGUUGGGGGUUGAGCUCUCCUGAUGUCAUACAUAAUGUCCAUUUACUACCACGCACGUUGUAGGUUACACCAUUGCUCUUAAUCCACACAGGAGGACGUUUAACAGUUAAAAAAAAAGGACUGGAGCCUCUGAGGGACCUCUGGUGUUGUCCUGUCAAAUCGCUGGCCAUCGUUUUAUUUAGUUUGUUUUUAUGUUUUAAAGAAAUGCUGAGUUGACUUUUUUCUUUUUUUUCUUUUUUUAGAGUUAAUUUAAAUUUGAAUCAUUGCUCGCUCACACAAUGAUUUCACAAAGUGACCAGAAUCACUCUUGCCUUUUUUGUUUCUCGCCUAAUUUUUUAUCAUUCCUCUACAUGAUUUCUCUCCCUCCGUCAUUUGAACUCGUGUCACUUUGUUCAAACCCCUCCAGACUUGUUCAUUAGUCACGAUGUUGAUACGAUACUUCUUGUAAUAUAAGGGGGGCAGCGUUAAUGCAAUAGGGGAGACCUCUGAUUUCCUGUAGAGUUUGAAUGUUUAUCGAUGUAACCAAAUGUGCCACCCUGUACCCAUUCGACUGGCUCCAGGUCUGCACUGCACUCACCACACUUGGCAUUCAUUCAUAGCUCUAUGCUUUAUAUUGUGUCACAUUGAACAUGUUCCCGUUCUGUUCUGUUCUCUCCAGUAAUGUGUCUGUAGCUACAUGAGGAUACUGACUGAAGAAAAAUAAAAACAUUUUUAUUGGUAACACUUUUGCAGUUAAGGCUUGAUCUUCUCCGGCUUCUGGGAAACGAAUGCAGUUACGAAAGAGAACCUCUUCUGAUGUAGCGUUUGUUAAAGAUGAAUAUGUCUUAGUCAGUCACUAAGUUGUAUUUUUUCUUCUUUGUAAUCUCAAGAUUUACAGAGACUCUAAUUAUAAAGUAAUUUAAAAAGAAAAGAAAAAAAAAGAUGGCCCUACGUUUUACACUAAACCCUGAAAACAUUUGUUCUUAAUCAGUAAUCAAUAGACUCACAAGGAAACAGCUAUUGACAGUAACUAUCCAAUCAUAGCUGAGCAAUGAGGUAAAAGGUAUAAGAUGUUUAAUGUGAGUGAGGUGUUUUUUUUAUUUUUUUGGACACCUGAAGUUUGAAUAAAAGUACAAGGAAGGGAUUAAACAGUUUAUCUGCCUGCUGGUUAACUAGCAUACCUCCAGGCACAGCGUCCAAGGCCAAAGAACACGUCAUUCAGCUGGCUAAUGUAAUUUAGCCUCUGCUAAUAAAGUCUGUCUCGUUUAAGAUGGCACGAUUGACAUUUUCCAGUUAACAACGAGUGUCCGAAAUUAUGGAGCCAGUGUUUCAAUAAAUGCUAGAAAUAUUGGCGGUAAAAACUGCCGCCUUUUUCAUUUACAACUGACAAGAAUGGAACGUAGCGACCGUUGGACUACCAUAGCAACGGUAGCUGCGGGGGGCGGGGCUUAACGAACGGUUCAUUUCUAACGUCAAACCAAAAAUCCCGCCAUCUCGUCCAAACAUCGUCCGUGUUUGUUCUUUUGCUAUGUGCGUUUGUUUACCAAUGGAAGUGUUUGUUGAUCAUGGGGUCCUCAGCUUUUAUAUGAUAUAUCUGAAUGUUAUUGAGCAUUGUUAUUUAAUUCUUGUCUCCACUGUAUGUAUAUAUUCAAAGUAAGAUGAGGUGCAUAUAUGAAUCAUUAAGAUCAAACUAUGGUACUGUAUCACCGACAACGUGAUGAGAAUUGAAAUACUUUUGUUCAAUAAAGAUUUUUGAAGAAUA